AUGAUAAUUGCACGAUUACUACCUUGUUUAGAAGGUAAAAGUAAUAGUGAUGACUUUACUACUUCUGAUCCAGCCUGCGAUACAAUGGUACCAACUUAUAAUCAAAAUAUUAUCACUCCAUUACAGCAAACUAUUUUUAAAAUUCGAAUCUUUAAUGAAAAUGGCCGUGAAACUUUUGAAUAUGAUGCUGAAAAUAAAAAAAUUCUGCAAGUUCGAGUAGAAGGUGGACCAUUUGAACGAGCUCAAAUUCAAGCCCGUUCAAUUAUCAAUCCAACAAGUCAAGCAGGUCGUUUUGUAAGACCUGUGCCAAAAUACUUCAAACUCGUUAACUGUAGUGGAAAUUACGGGAGUGCAAUAAUAAACGAUGGCAUAGUAUCGAGGCGACAUACAAGUUUGAAUUGGCAACCGCCAAACGUUCCUUCGGGAGCAAUUAUUUUCCUUGCAAGUGUAAUCCACUCGAGACAAUUGCACCAUAUCCGUUCUUCCUUCUUGUCGCCUAUUUCAAAUACUACCAACAUAACAAAUCGAGGCUGUGGUAAUUAUUAUGGAUGCUUCAGAAUUGGCACUUCAAAAUGUAUAUUCGGUGAAAACUGCACCUUUUCACUGAAAUGGCGUUGUUAUAAGCAGUCAAUGAUCGUUGAGGCCAUGCAUUUUGGCCAUAUUGCAUCGUUUGGCUUAGCUGAGACUGAAAAACGUGCAGUACUUUGCAUUGCAACUAAUAAUAACUCAUCCUUGGAUGAUUACUAUAUUUCGGGUGAUCGCGGAUUUCCAAAUAUUUUCGAUCAGCCUCUCAGUAGGCGACUCAAAACAAUUAAUGAUGGCGUGCGUACUUUUUGUCGAUUUGAAAUGCAGCGACCAAGGAAGAACACAUCUGUAUUAUUAUUUGGGAAAGUUAAUUCUUAUGGUCAUCCAUAUAAGCUACGUAAGUGGCGAAUACCUGGAUCAAAUAUGUGUGAUCCGAAUACAAUUUCGUCUGGCCUGACCAGGUCAAUCUCAACUACCCCAGCGUUUUCUUCCGUUUCGAACUCAAAAAAAAGUGCCCUAACUGCCAUACUUAUUUCAAUUUACAUAUUUUAUUAG